AUUAUAAAAAACUUCAAAUACGAAAUGAUGCUAAUGGCACAAGGGUUGCACCAAAAGACGCGGUUUCAGACUUUCAACAUUCAUGCAUUCACAAGACUCACACAGAGAGACCACCAAACCCAGCUGUGACUGAGAGACUGUGAUGUUGAAUUAUACACCCUUUUAAUAUUUUAACAUGCAAAUUCCCCAUUAAUAUAAUCCCGGAUUGGAUCACCAUCAUAUAAACUAUUCCAAACAGAUCCAUCUUUCCAACCUAGACAUCUUAUUGCACUUGAUACCCAGAUCGCAGAAACUUUUGACAAAAACAAACAAAAAAACCAAUACUUUGUUUUGGGGCUUUACGUGUUGUCCUUCUCCGAUGAAGCUUCUGUUGUGCAGGUGAUUCCUAGAACCAUCUUGGGUUUCUAUUUUUGGAAAGAUUUUUAAACAGACUUGUAGUGUUGGCGGGAAUGGAAAGUUCACGAAACGUGAGGGCCGAGAAGAGAGGCUAUGAACAAGGUCAAGAUGUGGAUGGGGUUUAUGAUGAGACAGAACAUCUCAGUCAUGAGUCGAAGAGACCGAAACUGCCUGGUUUGGCUAGUGUCAUUGUGGAAUCCCUGAAGGUGGAUAGCUUGCAAAGGCUUGCCUCAACUUUGGAGCCUAUGCUCCGCAGAAUUGUGAGUGAGGAAUUGGAGCGUGCUUUGACGAAAAUAGAACAUGUUGAACUGCCUGGAAGGUCUCCACCGCCCAGACUACUAGGCUCGGAAGAGAAAAAUCUUCAACUGCAAUUUAAAACAAGAAUGCCACCGCAUCUAUUCACAGGUGCAAAGGUUGAAGGAGAGCAAGGAGCAUCAAUUCAUGUUGUGCUGCUAGACUUAAGUAAAGGCUGUGUUGUACAAACAGGACCAGAAGCAUCUGCAAAGCUUAAUAUUGUUGUACUGGAAGGUGACUUCAAUGAUGAAGUUGAGGAUGGUUGGACAAAAGAGCAUUUUGAAAACCAUGAGGUAAAGGAGCGUGAGGGGAAAAGACCUCUUCUGACUGGGGAUGUACAAGUUAUUCUUAAGGAAGGGGUAGGUACACUUGGAGAGCUUACUUUUACAGACAAUUCUAGCUGGAUAAGGAGUAGGAAAUUUAGGCUUGGAGUUAAGCUUGCCCCUGGCAACUGUGAAGGAAUUCGUAUUUGUGAAGCUAAAACAGAUGCUUUUUUGGUUAAAGAUCACAGGGGAGAAUUAUACAAGAAACAUUACCCUCCAGCUUUGCAUGAUGAGGUGUGGAGAUUAGAUAGAAUAGCAAAGGAUGGAGCUCUACACAAGAAGCUGAUUAAGGCUGAGAUUGUAACCGUUGAAGACUUCCUCCGCCUUCUUGUUAAAGACCCACAAAGAUUAAGAAGUGUCCUGGGGAGCGGUAUGUCCAAUAGGAUGUGGGAAAACACUGUGGAGCAUGCAAAAACUUGUGUCUUGGGUGGAAAGCUUUAUGUUUACUACACUGAUGAAUCUCAAACCAAGGGUGUUGUCUUCAACCAUAUUUAUGAGCUCAGGGGCCUCAUCGCUGAUGGUCAAUUUUACUCCUUAGAAUCCCUUACUCACAGUCAGAAGGUUUCAGUGGAUACUUUGAUGAAGAGAGCAUAUGAUAAUUGGCAUCAAGUCGUAGAAUACAAUGGCAUGAUGGCUAUGACUGCACCUGUGGCAGUACCUUCCCACAACAAUGGCUUAGAUCACCAUUCUGCAGCUACUCAAAGCAGGCCGCAAUAUAACUCUGAUUUCUCCCAACAUUUUCGAAUAGAAAAUAACCACCUACCAGUCGUCCCUCAGUUUGUUCCAUUUGUGCGGCCUGAUCAAACAUCUUUGGUCAAAUUCAGCAACCCACAAACAGCAUUACCUAGCACCACAGGUUACAUGUCACUUGGAGGUACAUCAAAUUUUUCAGCAGAUUGGUCACGGCCAAAUUAUGGGAACGGGUUUGAGGACUUCAAUGUUGCUGAUGAGAUCCGGAUAAGGAGUUCCGAAAUGUUGGAGAGUGAUGACAUGCAGAGACUGUUAAUGAAGACAUUUAGUAUGGGAGUCGGCAUCGGAACAGGGUCUAGUUUUGGUCAUUCUGAUGAUGCUUGUUAUAACUAUAGUGUACAGUAUGAGCCUCAUGUAGGUCAAUCAGUCAGCAAAGAGCAUGGAAAAAGCUCGGGGAAAGCUGUUGUUGGAUGGCUUAAGCUCAAAGCCGCUUUAAGGUGGGGAAUAUUUGUUAGGAAGAGAGCUGCAGAACGGAGAGCUCAGCUUACACUUACAGAACUAGAUUGAAUGUAAUGCUUUGUUAUUAUCACAGCGUGUUUCAUCAUGAAAAUGACUUGUGUUUUGAUGAUUUGAAAUUGUUAAUGCUUUGUUUGUGUCACAAGGGAAUGAAUACUAGGAAUUUACUUAUAUAAUGGAAAUUGGUAUCUUCUUCUCUCCUAUGUAUCAAG